UUUUCUUUUUUCUUUUAUAUUUGGCCAGUUCAAGUUUAAAUACAGAGAAUCAAAUUUUCCUCCAUUUUCUUUCACUUUCUCUCUCUCUCUCUGUCCAAAAACUGUUUGGUUUCGCAGGUGUUUACUUCAAUGGAACACUGAACAGCAAAACUACGUUGUUGUCAUCAUAUCCUAUACCUGAAUUUGGGUUUGUGAUUUAGCAGCUUUGCCGGAAUUCAAUUCUCUAGCCAUGGAUUCUGGGAAGCUUGAAUACUGGAGAAACUUCUUCAGGGGUGCCAAAUCGAGUAUGAUUGAGAUCAUUGAAAGUGCAGUUAUGGUAGCAUCUUUGGAUUGCCCAGAUGAACUUAAGCUCCGUAGGGAUCGAAUUUCGGAGAAACUUUACUGUUCUCACUGGUCUGAUGUUUUUCGGGCUGAUCAAACCAAGUUGGUACUGCCUAAAAAGGAAAAUUGUGAUGAUUUUCCUGACAGUAAGUCAGACAGAGAUGGCAGUAAAGUGGAGGAAAGAGAUUAUAAGAAAAGGUUAGUUGUCAAUGGCGGAAAAGUCGAGAAGAUAGAUUGUAAGAAUGGGUUAGUUGUCAAUGGUGGUAAAUUAAAGGAUAGAGAUUGCAAUAAUGGGUUAGUUCUCAAUAGGGCUAAGCUGGAGGAUAGAGAUUGCAGGAAUGGGUUAGUUGUCAAUGGUGUUGAAUUGCAGGAUAGAGAUUGUAAGAAAAAGUUAGCUCUCAAUGGUGGUAAAAAAGUGGAGGAUAGAGAGUGUAAGAAUGGGUUAGUUGUCAAUGGUUGUAAAUUGGAGGAUAAAGAUUGUAAGAAGAGAUUUGUUGUCAAUGGUGGUAAAUUGGAGGGUGGUGGUACUCUUGAAACCAAGGUUGAGGAUAGCAAUAAAAAUGAAAUUGGAGAUAUGUCCUUGACCCCUGUUAGCAUGAUCAGUGACCUCGAAGCCGAGGCAUUGGCUGAUGAGAUAGAUGAAGAGAACCUGAUUGUUGCAGAGGUGCUUAGAAUCAAAGAAAUUCUUCUGAAUUUUGAAGAGCAGUCUAUUUCCAUGUUGCUCGAAUGCUUGAGGAAGCUUCAAUUGAUGACUUUAUCCUAUGACAUUCUAAAGGCAACGGAGAUAGGAAAAGUAGUUAAUUCUCUUUAUAAGCACGGGCCAGCACAGUCUUGUCAGCUAGCAAGGACGAUCGUGAAAGAUUGGAAGAAAGUGGCGAACGAGUGGUUGAAUGCUACACUACUUGCUGAAGCAGAUAUUGCCAAUCCUGUGACCCCAUCACUUGUUGAAAAUGAACUUGACGAUGGACUAGGGCUCGCUUUACCUCCAUUGGAUGUAGGAGCUUUCUUUACUAAUCCAAUUUGUAGUAUGGAGCUCUCUCAGUUCUUUGAUGGAAUGGAUGAUUAUGAAAAACCCCGAAUCAGUGCAGAACUUAACAAGAAUCAUGACAAUGAAAAGAAACAUUCACCAGUCAAGCAUGACAUCAGCAAGAAGAAAUCAAAGCUUUCCAAAAAGGCUAAUGUGAUUGUCAAAGACAUGGGUUUAUCUAAAGAGGUUAAUGUGGUUGUCAAAGACACGAAUGUAGCAAUGAAGAAAGAAUCUGUUGUGAAGGUACCUAAGGAGCCACAGAAUGAAUCUGGUUCCGGGAAACUUCUCAAACAGAAUUUGGACGAAAAGCUCAAAGAUAAAACCAAGUUUCAUCAGAACUCGGACAGGGUUGUCAUACGGAAGAGGCCAUUAACAGGUGAAAAUGAUUUUUCAGAUAAAUCUGUGAUAGAAGAGAAACUUGAAUCCACAAGAAGGAAACUGAAGGUCUGUAAAUUUCUAAACAGCAAAGGACUAUACAAGUAAUGGAUUUGCAUGAACUUCCUAAGCAGCUGCAUGGUCACAGGAAUACACACAUGUGAAGGAAGAUGAGCCAUCAUUGUUCAUUUCACAAAUAAACAUGGAUUUGCUAGGUACUCUUGAUUUUGGAGACUCGGUUCAAUUAUCUUUUGCUUUUCAUCCAUAAUUUUGGAGUCAAUAAUGGAAGAAAAGUCGGCUUUAUAUAUAUAUAGUUAAAUUAUAGUUUACCGACAGAAUCUUUGAGAAGAUAGAUGAUCAUAAACUUGAUUGAAAUUGCCUGAUCAGAUAAAGUCUGGAACAGGUAAAAUUAUCUUCAAAUUUGAACUUGUGGAAAUUGAGCUAAUAUUAUGUAUACAUUAAAGUUUUUGUGGAUU